UGGAAGUUUCCAGGUGCUGUGCACAGAAGGGAAGGUUGGGGGACAGCGGAUUCACGGGGCAUGGAGCUCGGAGAGUCCUCCGGAGACUGGGGGCCCAGCAGCCCCUCGGAGGGAGAGGACAGCAAGGAGUGUGCCCAGGAGCCCACGGCGUCUCUUGGGGGCAAUGAAGUAAAAAGCCGCGCUAUUGUCAAAUACUCCUCUGCCCCGCCAGCUACGGCGUUCGCCCGUCUUCAGGAACAGACGGAUUUAAAGCUCCCGCCGGCUAACUGGCUGCGAGAAAAUGCCAAACUCGGUCCCACCAUCCUGGGGGGCAGCAAAAAGAGCAAACCCUUCUCAAGCUUUGGGAUGGCGUAUGAUUUCAUCGAGUCUGUUGGAAAGGAAGUGGAUGUGGUGGCGGAUUCCGAGAAUAUCAAAAAGCUCCUGAAGAUUCCGUACAGCAAGUCGCACGUGAGCAUGGCGGUUCAUCGCAUCGGGAGGACUUUGCUGCUCGAUGAGCUGGACAUUCAGGAGCUCUUCAUGAGAUCCUCCCAGACUGGGGACUGGACGUGGCUGAAAGAGUUUUAUCAACGGCUGAUGGAUCAGAAGUGGCAGAGGAAGAAAAAGAGUAAAGAACAUUGGUACCAAAAAGCCAUUCUCUCCAAGUUUUUAUAUUACAGUAUUAAUGGCGAUGACACCGCAGAGCCGGUUUCCUCUCCUCCAGAUGAUCCCGGCGAAAGAGAGGAUUUGGCUUCUCCGCCUGAAGAAGAACACGUGUCUUGGCCGGCUCAGUUUGAGACUCUGCCUUCUGUAUCGGAAGAUGGAGGAGCUUCCAAUCAGGGAAGUGUGACCCUUGAGCCUCCAUAUGUAAUGGGGCAUUUGGCCACCACAGAACAAAGUCUGCCCGCUCUGUUUAAUGACAGGGAGGACAGCCAGGGCCUUAAGAAUGAUUUUGUUAGGAACAUCCUUUGGACCUUUGAAGAUAUCCAUAUGUUAGUGGGCUCCAAUAUGCCAAUAUUUGGAGGAGGGAGAUACCCUGCUGUUAGCUUGCGUCUCAGGGAUAACAAUAAACCUAUCAAUGUGCUUACGGGGAUUGAUUACUGGCUGGACAAUCUGAUCUGUAAUGUUCCGGAACUUGUUAUGUGCUUUCAUGUAAAUGGUAUUGUGCAGAAAUAUGAGAUGAUUAAGACUGAAGAUAUCCCUAAUCUGGAAAACUCAAAUUUUUCCACAAAAGUGAUUAAAGACAUUGCCCAGAAUAUUUUAUCUUUUCUGAAGUCGAAUUGUACUAAAGAAGGUCACACAUAUUGGCUAUUUAAAGCGAGUGGCAGCGAUAUAGUUAAACUUUACGAUCUUACAACACUUUGUGAAGAAACUGAAGAUAAAUAUCAAAAUCCGUUUACUAUGCCUGUAGCCAUCCUACUUUACAAGGUGGCGUGUAACAUGAUGAUGAAGAAAAACCAGAAUCGGAAACAUUAUGGAACUAUCCGCACGCUGUUAUUAAACUGCUUAAAGUUGGUGGAUAAAGGGAGACAUCCACAAAUCAUUGCUUCAGCCAACUUCAUGCUUUCAGAGCUUUUCCAGCUGGAUGAACCAAAGAAGGAGGAAGGUGGCGAGGCGCAAUCUAAUGGGAACUCUGAUGAAAGUUACAGCGAAGAGGAGGAAGACGAAAUGGCCGAUAGCGACGAAAACGGGUCCUUCGGUCCGUCUGCUAAUGUGACGGAGGACUGCAAAGCUGUUGCUGUUAUUAAAUCUGUGAGGGAGCUGUCUGUUCCCGAGAAGUACAAGUCCACCCAUCAGAUCAGGCCUAGCUGCACUUUUCCCGUUUGCAGCGACAUGGAGGAGCGGUGCAGAGUAGUGCUCGGCUACGUUCUGGAGGGUUUGAAAUGUGUAGACAGCAGUGUUAAAAAGGAAGGAGAGCUGCCUGCUGCUGACCCAAACACUCCGAUUCCCCUCAAAUACGAGGAUGAGUCUGCUGAUGAUGUUAGCGCCGAGUGCCUCGAGAAGCAGAUCACCCUGUUCCUGCACAAAAUGGGAUCUUCGGAAAAUAAGUGUUCCAGUCGAUCUGGGAUUUUACCUGGCACCUGGCAGUUUAAAAUGAAGCUCCAGCUCAUUCUUAAAGCAUCCAAAGCUUAUUAUGUGCUCUCGGAUGCAGCAACAAGUCUUCUGAAGUACGGCCGGGCAUUAAGAUACAUAAAGCUGGCGUUACAGUGUCACGAUGCUUACAGCUGCUUGUGCACUGGCAUCGUCCCCGAAGUGUUGCUUCUGCUGUGUCAGUACCUGACCCUUUGUGGGGACAUACAGUUGAUGUUGGCUCAGAAUGCGAGUAACAGAGCUGCAUACUUUGAGGAAUACAACUACCAGACAAGAGAUGACCAGGAGAUCCUGCACAGUCUUCAAAGGGAGUCCAGCUGCCAAGGAUUUUCCUGGGCAACUGACUUAACCAAUGACGUGGAAUGUCAGCUCUCGGUUAGUUGCAAGUGCUACGAGGCAGCCAACGAGAUUCUGCUGUUCGCACAUUUACAGAACCAAAGUCCAGAUCAACACACGCAGGUAAUGAAAAGGCUCGGUAAUAUCCGGAAUGAAAUUGGAGUGUUCUAUAUGAACCAAGCUGCAGCGCUGCAGUCUGAAAGAAUGGGAAACAAAGCUGUGUCAAGUGCAGAGCAGGACUUGUGGAAGAAGAGCUUUUCUUGUUUCGAAAAAGGAAUCCUUAAUUUUGAAUCGAUCCGGGAUGCCACAAACAUUGCCCUUUUGCUUUGCAACAUGGGGCGACUAAUGCGGAUUUGUGCCCAAGCGCAUUGUGGAAAUGAUGCCAGACGAGGGGAGUUCUCUCCAGAGGAAGCUUUGUACUAUAAUAAGGCUAUUGAUUACUAUCAGAAGGCAUUGAGAUCAUUGAGUAAAAGAGAGGCUCAUCAGGCUGUUUGGGAUUCUGUGUAUUGGGAACUUUCUACAACAUAUUUCACGAUGGCCACCCAGCUGCAGGAUUACGCUCCUCUCUCCCGCAAAGCCCAGGAGCAGAUCGAGCGAGAAGUCACCGAGUCUAUGAUGAAGUCCCUGAAAUACUGUGAUGUGGAUACGGUGUCUGCCAGGCAGCCGUUGUGUCAGUACAGAGCCGCCACCAUUCAUCACAGACUGGCUUCCAUGUAUCACAGCUCCCUGAGGAACCAGGUGGGCGAUGAGCACCUGCGCAAGCAGCACCGGGUCUUAGCCGAUCUCCAUUAUGGCAAAGCCGUCAAGCUCUUCCAGCUUUUAAGAGAUGCUCCCUGCGAGCUGCUUCGCGUGCAGCUGGAGAGAGUCGCGUUUGCUGAAUUCCAGAUGUCUGGUCAAAACAGCAACGCUGGGAAAUUAAAGACUCUCUAUGGAGCGUUGGAAAUUAUGAUGAAUGCGAAAUGUGCGCUUCUUGUUAUCCACAAGGAGCUCGUGUCUGAAUGUAAGCAGGGAGAUGAGGACGGUAACGAGACAUCGGGCGAAACCUCGGGCGGUCUCAGCAAAGAAGAAGUCCUGAAACUCAUUAACAUCUUCGAGUCUCGCUUGUCAUUUCUCCUCCUGCAGUUUGUAAAGCUGCUGACCUCCUCAAAGAAGAAAAACAGUAAUGUUACCGAAGAGGAGACCUCGCUGAAGAUAUACAAGCAGGUGUAUUCCAGUCUCCUCCGGGCUACGGCCAACAGAAGCUCCCCUCUGACCGAGAGACUGAGCGUUUUAAUACAUUUACUGGAUCAGCUCACUCCUAAGAACGAAACAAAUGAAUCUGUCAUUCAGUGACGCGCCGGUGUGUUGGGGUUAGAAGACGGAUGCCGUGCCUUGUUAAACCUGACACUGGUGGUUGGUUCCGCUCGCUGCAUUGUUUUAUCUGUGACUGUUUCGAUAUGCAGUUUAUACACACCAGCAGGGCAACUUUAUCCCGAUGGAACAGCAAGAAAAGGCUUUAUGUGGUUCUCACAGGUGAUGAAUGUGUCAGGUUAUUUGCGUGUUUUACAGAUACAAACCAACACGCUUGGCUUUUGUUGGUGCUUUAAGGCUGCAUGUGUGUAAAACCAAAAUGGUAACGUCAAAGGGUCCUUUUCCUGGUAGCAGAUAUGCAGGGAGGU